CCCCCCCCCCGCGCCUCGGAGCGGCACAUGGCCACCGCCGCCGCCUCCCCUCGGGCGGACGCGAACCCCGAGAAGACUCCGGAGCCGCGCCCGGGCGGCAGCGAGGCGAUGGCGCAGGUGGCCGGCCCGACGAAGAGCGGGCAGCGGCAGGCCGCGAUCGACGACGUCGCCCGCGGGCUGGGCCUGCCGGUCGGCAGCGGCGCGGUGGCCGGCGAGGAGGACCCGAGCCCGAGCAAGCUCUCGAGCGCCUCGGCCGGCGUCCGCCAGGGGCUCGGCCUGGCCCCGUGCGGCAGCCUGCCCAGCCUGGGGCCGCGGCCGGGCACGAGCCCGAUGAGCGCCAAGGAGGCGGGCUCCCCGGCGAACUUCCGCCUGGGGAUCAGCCUGGCGGGCCUGGCGCCGGCGCCCGCGCCUGCAGGCUCCGGGCGGCGGAAGUCGCAGGUGACGGCGUCCAGCCUCGGCCUGGGCGGGGUGGCGGACGCUUCCGGCAGGCAGCGGCGGAAGUCGCUGGUGGCCCCGUCGAGCGGCUCGCUGGUGGGCGUGCCGGAUAUGCCGCUCAGCGCGCGCGGCGCCGGCAGUGCGGGCUCGGCGGCGGUGCAGCCCGAGGACGGGGGCCGAACUCCAGAAGGGCCGUCUCCCGGAGCAGGCACGCCCAGCAAGUCGGUCGUGGCGGUCGCGGGCCACGUCGCGACGGCGGGCCUGAAAGGCCCGAAGGCGGCGCCGCCGCGGCGGAACUCGGUGGCCCCAUCAGCGAACGCCACAGCCCUGCUCGUCCCCGGGUCGCUGGGCCUGCCUAACAUGGAGCGGAACAUGGAGCGGAGAAAGUCGCUAGGCGGCCGAAGACCUUCGAAAGCGGGCUUGCUGCCCAUGCAGGC